CACCUUAAACAUAGCACCAUGUUAAUUGAAGUUCCACUAAAAAUAUUUUAUUAUGCUAGUUCCACCUUAAAUUGAAGUCCCACCUUAAAAUACAGUGCUAUCUUGGUGCAGUUCCACCUUAAAAGCAGUUAAACCUUAACAGAACUGCUGAGCAUUAGGCUGGGAGUUGGUGAGACAUUGAGCUCCUUGCUUGGUUUGGAGGUGUUGUGUGAGAGAACCAGGCAUUGUGACAUCAUGUCUGGCAGCCUGCCAACAGCCUCCCCAUUCAUUUUCAAUGGGACAAAAAUUCCCACAUUUUGGGCCGCUGUUCAGAAUCCGUGCAUCCAUCCGAUCAAAAAGCUGUAUACAAGCAGCAUCACACAACCGGGCCGGACAAUCUGGAGUUGGAACGGCGUUGAUAUCUCGAAAACUGCGGGACUAGUUAAAAAAUCUGGCAGAAAAAUAAAGAAGAAGAAAAUAUAAAUCGGAUAACAUUAUAGUAGCGCAUUGCUUUGCAACAGCGUCAUCUGACAGCGUUACUGUAGCACUAUAGAUCUCUAUCUCUAGUUAGCAAGUACCUUUAUGAGUCCGGCGGGAGAUUUUCACAUCUUCACAUGAAGUAAAGGGCAGCAGACAUUUUCAACUCGUGAAAAAAUAAACAAAAACAAAUAGAGGUAGGUUUUUUUUCUGACAGUGACUAUGGAAGAGAACAGAACUAGUCCAUCUCCACAGUUCUGUCAGGAAACCACACCAAGGAUGACAUUUACACAGCAGGUAAAAGUGGCCCAAAUCCGAUCUUUUUCCUCAUAUGUGACAUCUGUGUGGAAGUGUGAACAGAAAAAAAACGCACUGAGGCAUUUUCAAUUCCGAUCUGAUCUUUCAUACCUGGUACUGAAAUCGGAUCCGUAUCCGAUCUGCGGAGAUGUGACUCAGUCUGAGCAGCCAGAUCGGAAUUCAUCUGACUUUUACGUCAGUUCAACUCGACAUUCGCCAUCAUCUUGCGCUGCUGAGACUCAGAAACAUUUAUGCUGAUGUUUCUGUACCAAAAAAAUGGAAGAGACUCAUCGCAGCCGCUCCGGGUUUAAAACGGGUUCGAAAGAAACGGCCGGAGGAGCCCGAUAACAGUUUAAAGAGGACACGAACCAAAGACGUGGCCGAAUAACGCGCCCUUUUUACGGCAAACUCGAACACACUGUGUUCCUGUCAGUCACUGGAACUUCAGUCGCUCCUGUGAUCCUGACGAAGAUGAAACUGAAGCGCCGGGAGCGACUGGCGUUCUCUGGCCGUCCUGACUGUUCACCUCCGGACGAGCACGACGGUUUGGGAGCGUGAUCUGUUCAGACUGACGUCACAUGCAGAUCACAUUUAAAAGAUAGUGUGAACAGCCAAAGAAAAAAAUAGGAUUUGGGCCACUUUAACCUGCCGUGUAAACGUAGCUUUAGAGGACUGUUGGCUCAGCCCGUAGCGAAAGUUGGCGUGACCGUGGCGCAGCCAAUGGGAUAGAGAGCACACGCCCACUUGCUCGCACCUGGGAAAUUCCUCAAGAUGAGUUUCACCAUAGUCUUAGACAGAAGCGUAGAGCAGGACUUCCCCUCAGCUCCAAGUCAUUGACAGAAAGCAAAAGAAAAAGAGGAGGAGCUUCUGUUUCACCACACUUCCCACAAAAGGGGUUUGUUUCCUACACAAUCUCCACAGAGGAAGUUUCUCCGCUUACAUUCGCCACGGAGAAAGUUUCUAACCAGCAACGCGGGAAACGAUGUAUACGACGGAGCGCAGGCGCAUGAGCCUGCACGAGGUCAAACGGAAAGACCCCGUGCGAGUUUUGGCUGGAAGUUUAUGGCAGGACCCUCUGGCCAUCGAGCUGAGCGCAACGAGUAAAUGCUCGGUUUCCCCGCGGAGCCGCAGCCGUGCCCUGUCAGUGGUGUACAUCGCCGUGGAGGACGCCUCGGUGACGCAGGCUGAGGAGAGCCUGUCCCUGCGCUGCCUGAGGGAAGCCUGCGCAGAUUCCCAUGCCCUGCUCCACGCACUCCCCUUCGCUUGCUUGGCGCUAGGCUCCACGGACACGCUGGAUAGUUUCUACAAUGCAGAUGUUGCCGUUGUUGAGAUGAGUGACACUUUCCGUCAGCCUUCACUCUUCUAUCAUCUCGGUGUGAGGGAGAGUUUCAGCAUGACAAAUAAUAUUAUACUGUACUGCAAUAAGCAAGAGAAUGAUCUUCAGGCACUUAAGGAGCAGUGUGGAAGCUAUACUUUCAUCCCAUAUGUGGUGUCACCUCAAGGAAAAGUGUUUGCUUGUGAUGCAAAUCUGAUGCGGGGGAUCAAGGAACUCUUGCAACCCACCUUUACCAUUGAAUCCUUACUGACCCCUUUAGUGGACUGCCUGGUCAAACUGUUGGAGAAUGUGCAUAUUCAUGCAAGCGAGUACUUCCAUGAGUCCAUCCGGCGGGAGAUCCGUAUGGCGCGGGAGCGUUUCAGUGGGGAGUCCCUAAGUCAGGAGUUAGGUCGCAUCCAGAAAAGAUUGGACACUUUGGAGCUCCUCAGCCCAGACAUCGUUAUGAGUCUCCUGCUGUCCUAUCGUGACAUCCAGGAUUACGAAUCCAUAAUUAAUCUGGUGGAAACCCUGAAUAACCUGCCUAUGUGCAUGGUGACAGCACAGACAAACAUCAAAUUUCAGUACAUAUUUGCCCUGAACAGGAGGAAUCGACCCGGUGACCGUGCGAAAGCCUUAUCAGUCAUUCUGCCCAUAGUUGAGUCAGGAGAGCAGGUGGCAUCAGACGUGUACUGCCUUUGUGGACGCAUUUACAAGGACAUGUUCUUGAGUUCUGGCUUCUUAGACACACAUAGCUGUGACCAGGCCUGCUAUUGGUACGGUAAAGCGUUUGAGAUGGAGCCUUCACUACACUCUGGUAUCAACAAUGUGGUCCUCCUCAUGGCUGCCGGCCAUGAAUUUGACACCUCUAUUGAGCUGCGCAAGAUUGGCGUCACACUCAGUAGUCUGCUUGGCAGGAAGGGCAGCCUGGAGAAGAUGCAGGAUUACUGGGAUGUAGGCUUCUAUCUCGGGGCUGGGAUCCUGGCCAAUGAGCACAAGAAGGUCAUAGAGGCCUCUGAGAAACUCUACCGACUGAAUGCACCAAUGUGGUAUCUGAGUUCUGUCGUGGAAACAUACAUAAUGUAUAAGCAGUUUGCUAAACGCUUGGAGAUGAAGCACCCCAAACAGGAGGAAGUGGAUUUCUGGAUGGAGCUGUUGGUGCAAGCAUGCAAACCUACUGUUUCCACAUCCCACUGCCCUGUCCUGAUCUUGGAGCCCACUAAAGUGUUCCAGCCCAGCGUAGUGAAGGUUAAUGGGGAGGAUGAAAGCCGCACUGUACAGCUGAGACAUGUUACUCCACUAAAGAAAGGCCUCCAUGAGUGGACCUUCCCUGCUUCAGCGAUUCGUGGAGUGAGUAUCUCUAAAUUUGAUGAGCGGAGCUGCUUCCUGUAUGUUCUGUACAACUCGGAUGAUUUCCAGCUGUGCUUUCCCAGUGACCUACACUGUAAAGGAUUCUGUGAGCUGGUGAACAUUCUGAUAGGUCAGGGUGAUGCUUCAGUAGAUGACCUCAGCCCUGUCAGUGGAGGGGUGUUAGAGUACAUGUAUGAGAAAGGGGAGAAUGGAGAGAAGGUGGUGCUUGGGAGAGGAACAUAUGGAGUGGUGUAUGCUGGGCGAGACCUGAGCAAUCAAGUGCGCAUUGCCAUCAAGGAAAUCCCAGAGAAGGACAGCACGUAUUCCCAGCCGCUCCAUGAGGAGAUAGCCUUACACAAGAGGCUGAAGCACCGUAACAUUGUCCAGUACCUGGGCUCGGUCAGUGAGGGUGGCUUCAUUAAAAUUUUCAUGGAGGAGGUGCCAGGAGGAAGCCUGUCUUCUCUCUUAAGGUCAAAGUGGGGUCCUCUUAAAGAUAAUGAACCUACCAUUGUCUUCUACACCAAGCAGAUCCUGGAAGGACUGAAAUACCUCCAUGAUAAUCAGAUAGUUCACAGAGAUAUCAAGGGUGACAAUGUCCUCAUUAACACGUACAGUGGUGUACUCAAGAUAUCUGACUUCGGAACAUCUAAAAGACUAGCUGGAAUCAACCCAUGUACAGAGACCUUUACAGGUACUCUGCAGUACAUGGCUCCAGAGAUUAUAGACCAGGGCCCAAGGGGCUAUGGAAAGCCGGCUGAUAUUUGGUCCUUGGGCUGUACCAUUAUAGAGAUGGCCACAGGAAAACCCCCCUUUCAUGAGCUGGGCAGCCCACAGGCCGCUAUGUUUAAGGUGGGCAUGUUUAAGAUUCACCCCAGUGUGCCGGAGUCCAUGUCAGGGGAGGCCAAAACCUUCAUAAUGUGUUGUUUUGAGCCUAACCCAGACAAGAGGGCCACAGCCUCAGAGCUGCUGAAGAAUCCCAUCCUUAGGGGCAGUCCCAGGAAGAGAGGCAAACAACUGCCAGACUCAGCUGAGAAUGAGGCCAGCUCAUCCGGUGAGUACCACAGGAGCUUGUCUGUGCCUUUAGUCGCACACAUGGACAACAUGGAUGCUGAUAGGACUGACCUGUCCAGCUCCCUUGAUCUAAGGAAAUCUGUGGUCCAUGUUAGAGAAAAUGAAAUCUCAGAGAGUCCUCCCGGCACCAACAGCUUCCUGGCAGUGCCAGAUGAGCCUCAGGGAGACUUGUCAAGUCCAGCAGUUUCGGGGGAGAACAUGGGCCUGUUCUUGCUGAGGAAGGACAGUGAGAGGAGAAACACACUUCACAAAGUGCUUACUGAUUACAUCAGCCAUGUAGUGGGCAACAUUCAGGAGUCACUGCCACAGACUGACGAGCCAACCAUUACCUCAGAGCACAUCAAGCAACUGAUUGGCUGCCUGCGAGAGAACAUCCGCUCCCCAGAUAGGAAACGGUUCACCAACAGGCUUCUGAAGAUCCGCUCCAGCCUGCAAAGUGAUGCAGUGCCUCCCUGUAGCCUGCAGGUGGCACUCUUCAGCUUCCAAGAUGCUGUCAAGAAGGUGCUGCGACAGCGGCAAGUGAAGCCUCACUGGAUGUUUGCUCUGGAUAACCUGCUCAGACAGGCUGUGCAAGAUGCGAUUACUGUGCUCCUGCCAGAGCUAAAGCUACAGCUGCAGUCAUCUUUUGAAAUGGAGGAGGGCUCUACUGAAUCAGAAGAGACCAAAAAGAGUAGUCAGGAACCAGAAGAGUCCCACACUGAAUAUAAGGGAACAUCUCAGGAUCUGAAACAGCAUGCUGUGCAGGCUGCCAGUCCCAGUCUGUUCAAUGGCUUUCUCAGCACCUGCACCCCUCUUGCCCAAGAAUUUAGCCAGUUAUGCCAGGAAACACAGAGGUUGCUGGCUCAGCUAAAUGAAAAAGAGAAAGAGUACCAGGAGCUUCUGAGGAGCUCUAUGCAAAAUAAACAAGAGGAGAUAGAUGCCCUUAAGCUCAAGACUGCAUCUGAGAGCAGUGAUAAUAAACCUGUGUGCCAGAACACUCAGACGCUGGCCAUGGUGCACUGGCUGAGGGCUGUACCAGUGGAUGAGGACACCAUAAGCACACUCCUGACUCACGGGUUCACCUUAGACAGCCUACUCCAUAUGGCCUGCAAGGAUGAUCUAAGAUACUGCAGCAUCAAAGGUGGGAUGGUGUGUCGUAUAUGGAGAGCCAUCUCAAAAAAGAGGACGACUCAGCUGAGUUCAGUGUCAGAGGAAAGUGAAGUAACUAUACUGUAACAGCACCAGGACACAGCGAUGGUCAUAUGAGCUCAGUGAGCUUACAACAUUUGUGCCUUUUGGCUGGCGCAUUUAUGUAUUUAAUUUCAUUUGGGAUGACAGUAAGACCAACACUGUGACUUUUCUAAGAAGAUAAUAUUCUCUAUGUAUAUUUAAAUACUGUAUGUUAAUUUAUUAACUGAUGUUAUAUGCUUUGUACUGCUAACAGGUACAGUGGUCAUUUCCGAAGUUCGUUCAUACUCAUGUCAUGAUGUAUGUAGUCUGUAAUUGGUAUUUGUGUUGAGCUUCAGUCAGGAAAUGAAGUGGGCUAAUUUGCAAGAGCAUAAGCUUCUCCUAAUAUCACAAAUGCAGGACCAUUUAAAAAAUGCAAUUGGUGUUUGUCCCCCUGUCUGUUUACUGGGGGGUGGGGGGUUUCUGGAUUUGGAGUAAGAUAUCAAAUUAGAUUUUACAUUUGAAGAACAGUGUGUUUUUUGAUUAAUUAACUUUGUUCUAAAUAUUUAAAUACAGCGUAAAAUGUAAAUAUUUAAUAUUUGUUAAUGAUAUUUGUAAAGUAAAAAGUGGAACGAUCACAAAACAAGAAGUGCAAAGUCCUGCUGUAAAAAGGACAGACAUGAGUGAACAGUGCUGCAUUGCUCUAGAGACACAUUAUAAAUUCAUUAUGGUCUUUAUACAACUUUAAUAAAGAUAUAUUUUAAUAUG